CUUAACAAAGCGGCAGCCACUUCACCACUUGCCAGAGCUUGAAACGGAGAAGCAAAGGGGACAUGUGACCCUGUCUUGGACCCCUGACAAGCACAGAUCCUGAAGACCUCAGCCUAGGACCAUGGCAAGUGCUGAGCACCCUGGGAGCCCUGGCUGGAUGGGAGCCAUGACCCAGACUGCAGCAUGGACCAAGCAGGAAGCAUCCACCACUGGCCCAGACCUCUCACAUCCAAGACCUGAAGGACACCUAGAUGACCCCAGCGGCCAGAGCUCCAACUCCAGCAUGACCACGCGGGAGCUGCAGGAGUACUGGCGGAGCGAGAAGGGCCACUGGAAGCCCGUCAAGCUGCUCUUCGAGAUCGCCUCAGCCCGCAUCGAACAGAGAAGGGUCUCCAAGUUUGUGAUGUACCAGAUCGUGGUCAUCCAGACAGGCAGCUUCGACAGCAACAAAGCUGUCCUGGAACGGCGCUACUCGGACUUCGAGAAGCUGCAGAAAAGCCUGCUGAAGUCCUACCGGGAGGAGAUCGAGGACGUGGUCUUCCCCGGGAAGCUCCUGACCGGGAACUUCUCGGAGGAGAUGAUCGGCGAGCGCAGGCUGGCGCUCAGGGAGUACUUGCGGAUGCUCUAUGCCAUCCGCGUCGUGCGCCGCUCGCGCGAGCUCCUGGACUUCCUUACGCGGCCGGAGCUGCGUGAGGCCUUCGGCUGCCUCCGCGCUGGGCAGUACUUCGCGGCCGGCGAGAGGGCCCUGCGAUGCCUGCAGGCCAGGGAGAGCCACCGCUACUACGUCCCGCUGCUGGAGGCUAUGGUGCGCCUGGGCUAUUCGCUAGGCAAGGACUUCGCGUCCCUGCAGGGCAGGCUGGAGGAGAGCCAGCUCCGCAGGCCCAGCCACCGGGGCUUCUCCCUCAAGGAGCUCACUGUGCGAGAGUACCUGUCCUGAGAGCAAGUCUCCACGGCCGUGGGCUGUUUGGGCUCGGUUUAAGGAGGGGGACACUGGGGGGUCUGACUUGCUGGGUGACUUUGGGCCAGCCUCUGUUCUGAUCUGCAUUGCACAGAGCGGCCUACUUGUAUCUCGUGCCCCUUGGAUGCUAGCUCAGUUCACCUCAAAACUGCACACCCCACAGUGACAAUUCUGGAGAGUAACGUGGACCUUUUCAGUGUUUUUAUGGAGAGUGGCAGGAGAGGUUUACAUCCAAAUAGAGACAAAACUCAAUCCAUUUCCCAGAAGAUGGAUGUCUCCAACCACAGUGAGUCUUUCCUCUGCUCUAAAUGUAUCAGUAUUGCUUAUAAAUGGUCCCACUCUGCCAGUGUGGUGGUGCAUCCCUGUAAUCCUAACACUCUGGGAGGCUGAGUCAGGAGGAUUGUGAACUCCAGGCCAGCCUGGGUUACACAGUGGGACCCUGUCUCAACAAUGAAUAGUCCCACUCAUCCUAAUAUUCUAGCACUUCCCCUUAGCAUAUAGACAGUUAAAGCCCACCUAAUACCCCCCCCAAGGACAGUUUCUCCCUCUCAGCUCUCCCCAGCUGGAGGCCAUGUGUUAUCCUUUGAAGAGAGGAGGCCAGCAAGCAAUAGCACCAUAAGAUUCUAUGACAGGUAUUUUUCGCAAGGUGAGCGGCCAGUGGUAUCCUGGCCAGGGUGCCGUGACACAGAGCCUAGGGCUGGACCUUUACUCACCAGACAGCUGUUCCUUGCAUGGCUUCCCCGGAGGGAGGGGGAAUGAGACCUCCUAUGACCCUUCCGAGGGUCCGUAUUCCUGGAACCUCUCUGACAAGUUGGGGUAGCCUUGACUGAGGUCCACUGUUAGGAAAGAAUGCAGCCCCAGCCCCAGUGUGAAGAGGAGUCUAGUCCAGGGGGCCGAGUCUGGGCCACUUUAGGCCCAGUGUGUGUUUAAGGCUGGAGGCCCUUGAAAACCUGAAGCACUGGCUGAGCCUCUCAGGAUAUAAUGGACCCAGGAAUGUGGGGCACCACUUUGGCCCGUGCAGUAGUCUGGUCCAGGAAGAAAACCAAGCAGCAGAGUAGAAAGCAUUCAGAAAAAUGCAUCUGAGUCUGUUUAACAGUGACCCUGUGUGGCAACCCCUGUAGGGGCCCUGCUGGGCUCUGUCCUGGAGGCAGACCUCUCUGGGCAAGGCAAGCUGCAAGUUUCAUUUUACUCCUAGAAAAGGACUUUCAAGCAGGAGAGAUGAGAUUGCUUGAAAAACUGGGCUCAUGGAAAAUUAUACUGUACCAUGGAAAAAUAAAAGCAGCAAGUCUGUUUGUAACCGUGAAACGGAUCAUGCUAAUGUUCUAAAUUAUUUCAUCAAAUCUAAAAUGUUGUCAAUUGUAAAAUGCACCAAAUUUCACUAAGAAGUAAAAAUUCCCAAGAUGGGGAGUUUGAGAAGAAAUUCCAGCAGAAAGCUGGGAAAGCAAAGAGUUAGACCCCUGGUGUAAAAGAAUAAACCCAC